AUGGCAAACGGGUGCCCUGAGAGCAACGAGUGUAUGCAGGUGGACGGCUACCGUUCCGGCCAUACCAUCGGUGUUUUUGAGACCGUGGUGGUGUCUGAUGCAACCUGGGCGGUGUGGGAGAUCGUGUUCGCGAUCGGGGACUUCACCUUCACGGCCUUUUUUGUGCUGGAUGUUCUCGUGCGAAUAACGAUUUUACGAUGCAAGUUCUGGAAGGUGCCAAUGAACUACAUUGAUGUUGCCGUGUCUGGGACAUCACUCUUGGAGAUAGUCCUUUUCUAUGUCACGAGUGCCAACUUGGCAGUCAAUCCGAUCCUUUUCCGACUGUUGCGCAUCGGGAAAUUGGCUAGAGCAAUUCGCAUGAUUACCAUGAACAGCGUGCUGGCUUCCUUGCAUCUGCUCAUUCGCUGCUUGGCAGCCAGCACGAACAUCUUGUUCUGGACAUUUUGCUUGAUCGCCUUCUUUCAAUGCGUUUCGGGCAUGGUUGCUAACACACUUUGCCGGGACUUCAUCAACGACGAAAGCCAGUCGCUGCAAGUGCGUGAAGAUGUGUUUCGAUACUACGGAACUUUCAGUCGGACUUUCCUGUCAAUGUUUGAGCUGCUAUUUGCGAACUGGAGCCCGCCGUGCCGAGUUUUGGUCGAGAACAUCAGCGAGUGGUUUUCCGUCUAUUUCCUUCUGUACAGGUGUGUUCUUGGAUACGCGGUGCUCAAUGUGGUUUCUGCGGUCUUCGUACAGCAGACAAUGAAAACGGCCAGCUCCGACGAAGAGCUUGCAUUCAAGCAGAAGGAAAGAGACAUUGCCAUGUAUACGAGGAAAGUGAGGAGACUGUUCCAGACGAUGGAUGUAUCAGGGGAUGGAGUCCUUAACUACGAAGAGUUUUCCAAGCUCGUCAAAUCCCCGAUGUUGAAGUUUUGGAUGAGCCAGUUGGAGCUAGAAUACCACGAUCUCAUGUCCUUGUUCGAGUUCUUGGAUAAUGGCGAUGGUGAGAUUACGCUUAUGGAGUUCAUAGAAGGAGCGGCACGGCUCCGUGGUGGAGCCAAGGCGCUAGACAUCUGGCGCAUUGAGACCAAG